AUGGUGAGUAAUGCUGGAAGAUCCUCCGCUCAGCCAAUGCACGGAUCUCUUUCCUUCUCAAGAGCUGCUGUUUUAAGACAGUCUACGCCUAAUAGCAUAUAUGGGAAUCUUGAAAUCAUCCUUCCCUUGGAAGACAAUUCUGAGAAGGAAGGGAAUCUGCCAAGUGGCAAUGGGAUCAUUCCAAAUCAACUUUUUGAAGGAAGUUCUAAGGAGUACUUGGUGGAAGAUAACAGCUCUGAGGCUAGCUCACCCCAUGGGCAGUGCAAUCCUCCAUCUAGCAAGGUAGACCAGCAACUUAUGGACCGUCCUAUGGUGGACAACCCAUUGGGCGGAACUGAAUAUGGACCCGACCCAGCAGACUCUGCAAGCUCCUCGUCCGAACAUGACUCUCAUCCUUUCAGGGAAGAGAGAAACCAGAAAGGCGCUGAGAUUGAAGCUCCUAACAUAGGUAGGGCCCCUGUGCCUCGUACUCUCAGGCCUCGUAAGAACAGAGCAGUGAACAUUGGUAGACGGGGAGGCUGCCGGAAGACUCACGCUGGCAGAGGAGGGCGCGAUCAUGAAUGGGAGGGCCCUGAGCAUGUUGUUUCAGACUUGUCUCCAUCACAUAUUGUGGGAGGAAGGGUGAUAGUCCAACACCAAGAAGUGACAGCAAUUGACAGUUUUCUUCGAGAUGUGGAAGAUAACUCUAAUAGACCUGUGCAUGAAGGUGGAAUGCUGGGGCAGACUUCAAUGCUGGUCAUCUGGAUGCCACAAAUAAGUGAUUUGAUGAAGGUCCUUUUCUGGAAUAUUAGGGGCAUCAAGAAGGUGGUCGGAAGACGGGCCUUGAGAGAGUUGAUUAUUCAGAAGGAUCCAGACCUUCUGUGUAUCGCAGAACCAAUGAUAGGUACCUGUGACUUUCCCAAUUUGUUUUUUAAUAAACUAGGCUUUUACGGUGAUUUUAUUCAUAACAAUAGGCUCAAUAGAAUUCCAAAUCUAUGGAUCCUGUGGAGAAGAAAUUUGAAGGUCCCUGUUUCUGUUUCUAAGUCUGAACAGCAUGUUACAAUUGCUUUGGAUUGGGGUAUGAGCCAUAUCCAGAUUUCCUUUGUUCAUGCUAGCAGCUUUAGGGCGGGGCGAAGAGCUUUAUGGAUGGAUUUGGUGGCUGAUACUCCUCAAACUCCUACUCCUUGGACUGUUAUUGGUGACUUUAAUGCAUGCCUUCAAUCUCAUGAGAAACGUGGCCCAGGAAAUUUCAGUUUGGGGUCGGCAACAGAAUUUGGAGCCAUGGUUGACGCAUGUCUUCUAUCUCAGGUGCCCUCGAUGGGCAGGAAAUUCACCUGGACAAACAAUCGAUGCCGAGGUAAUGUCUGUGCUGUUCUGGAUAGAGGUUUUUGUAACGAAGAAUGGAUAUCCUUUUUUCAGGACUGUUCUCAACAGGUCCUUCCUCGGUUUGCCUCUGACCAUUCCCCUCUGCUUGUGGUCUCAAGUAGCAGCCAGCGCCCUCCAAAUUGCCCCUUUCGAUUUAAUAAUUUUUGGACGGAUCAUGAGGACUUCGAUAGGGUUGUAGCUGAAUCCUGGGCGGAGUGGGUUCCAGGGUCACCUAUUUUUUCCCUAAUGUCUAAACUCAAGCGGCUCAAAGGGGCGUUAAAAGGUUGGGCGAAACAGACCUUUCCCCAUUUUGAAAGGGGUCUCGACGAGGCAAAGAAAAAUCUCACCCACGUGCAGGAGGAGAUUGACAGUAAUGGGUUGUCGGAUCAACUGUUCCGAAUGGAGGCUGAUGCUAAAACGGCUCUUCUCAAGGCGCAAGAGAAUCAUGAAAAGCUUUGGGCAGAAAAGGCGAGACUCAGGUGGUUGACUUAUGGGGACAGAAAUUCUAAGUUUUUCCAUCUAUCUGCUAAAAUGCGAAGAAAUAGAAAUACUAUCCGAUUCCUCAAAAAACAGGAUGGGUCGAUUGUGGAAGGGCAAACUAAUUUGGGUGAGUAUAUUGUGGAAUUCUAUGAGGGAUUUCACAAAAAUGCUCCUACAGUCGAUCAUCUUGAUCUUUUGGACAGCAUUCCGAGGGUUCUCCAACAAGUAGACAUAUUUCAUCUAGACUCUCUUCCUGGUAAUGCAGAGAUCAUGAAGGCGGUCUGGGCGCUUGAUCCUGAAAGCUCGCCUGGCCCAGACGGCUUCUCUGGAAAAUUUUUCAGGAAGUGUUGGAGCAUUGUGGAAGGUGAUGUUUGUAAUGCGGUGAAAGCCUUCUUCAGGACUAGUCGUAUGCCUAAAGGUGUUAACAAUACUUUCCUAAUUCUGAUCCCUAAAGUGGACGGAGCUGAGACUCUGGACAAGUAUCGACCAUUGUGUAUGAGCAAUUUCUUCUGCAAAAUAAUUUCUAAGGUGCUGGCUAUGCGCUUAGAGAGAUUUCUCCCCAGGCUCAUUUCGGAAGAACAGGGAGCUUUUCAAAAAGGGAAGCUGAUCCAUGACAACAUUAGUGUGGCAUCCGAGUUGGCGAACUUGAUGUACUCUGCCACGAGAGGGGGUGGCCUUGGUAUAAAAAUAGACAUCAGAAAGGCAUACGAUACGAUUUCUUGGUCUUUCCUCUUUAAGGUGAUGGAAAAAUUUGGAUUCUCAAAAAAUUGGAUCACAUGGCUGCAUCAAUUAUUGGCUUCAACUAAGAUUUCUGUUCUUGUCAAUGGAGGCCCGCAGGGCUUCUUUGGCGUGGAGCGAGGAUUGAGACAGGGAGACCCUAUAUCCCCCUUGCUUUUUAUCAUGGCGGAAGAGGUUCUCUCUCGAGGCCUGACGAGAUUGACCCACCAAAAAGAUAUUAUGCCCAUUUGUGGCCCUAAAGGCGUUGCAACCCCUGGACACAUCUUAUUCGCCGAUGAUAUCUUUAUCUUCUCGAAUGCUUCAUCCAGGUAUGUGGCUAACCUUAAAAAUUUUCUUAUGAAAUAUCAGGAGUUCUCUGGUCAACACAUCAGCUUCGAGAAAAGCAAGCUCUUUCUAGGGAAAAUUCCUCCAACUCGUAAGCAAGCCAUCGCUGAGACUUUGGGCAUCCCCAUUUGCAGCUUUCCAACUCGAUACCUUGGUGUUGAGAUAUUCAAGGGAAGAAUCACAAAGGAGGCAUUUCUGCCUGUGUUGGAUAAAGUAAAGGGGCGCCUUGCUGGAUGGAAAGGUAAACUUUUGUCGAUGGCGGGCAGGGUGGAGUUGGUUAGAUCAGUCAUAUCCGGUAUUCCUAAUCAUAAUUUUGGGAUCUAUUGGUGGCCCUCUGCUCUCCUUGUAACCAUGGAAAGAUGGAUGAAGAACUUCAUCUGGACAGGGGAAGUGGAUACCUCAAAACCAAUUACAGUGAAGUGGGAGUCUGUUUGCAAACCGAAGGAAGAAGGGGGUUUAGGUAUCAGAAGACUCAGAGACACGAACAUGGCAAUGCUGUGUAAAUUGGUAUGGAGAAUAAAGCAUGAGAAAUCUGCUGCCAAUUCUUUUCUUAGAGCCAGAUUUGUGAAAAAAGAUGGGUCAUUUAAUAGAGGUUGUCGGCCGUCGUCUAUUGCUCUGGGCAUCAGAAAGGUGUGGAAAACUGUGGAGGCAAACGAACGUUGGAUUAUUGGGAGAGGCGAUCUAGCAAAUUUCUGGAAAGACAAAUGGUGGGGCCCUAGGUCUAUUCUUGAGGAGAUUCAGACUCCUGACCUCCCUCCCCUCCCUUGCAAUGCUAAGGUUUGUGAUUUCAUCAGGAAUGGCGAAUGGUCACUUCCAGAGGUCCGCUCUCACUCUCUCAGACAAAUUUUCCUUGCAAUUAAAGAGGUGAAGAUUCCCAGUGCCCAAAUUGAGGACUUAUGUAUAUGGCAGCUAUCUCCUCUUGGUUCUUUUACUACAUCGUCAGCGUGGGAGGAUAUUAGAAGAGUUGCUCCGGCAGUGCAUUGGAACUCUUUGGUUUGGCACAAUAACCUCCCUCCAAGAAUUGCUACUUUUGGAUGGAGACUAGCUCAUGAGAGACUCCCAACGGACGAGCUUAUAAGGAAAAAAGGAAUUUUCCUAGUCUCUCGAUGUAGCCUCUGUGAGCAGUACGAAGAAAGUAUGGAGCAUAUUUUCCUUCACUGUCCUUUCUCCAGAGAUAUUUGGGAGAAAUUCACUUCUUGUUUCGCAAUUCGAUGGUCUGAACAUGAGUCAAUUGAUAGCUUAUUUCAGUGGUGGAAGAGGAAAUCAAGAUCGAUCAAUUUAAAAAACUCUUGGAUGAUAGGGCUUACCAUCAUUGCUUCUCAAAUCUGGAGGGAAAGAAAUAUCAGACGGUAUGAAGGAAAAAAGAGGAAUGGGAUCUACUCAUUUCAAUACAUCUGCCAGGAUCUUGCUCUAUAUGCAGGGACUUCUAAGGGUGAAGUGAAAUCGAUUGCUGAUAUUUUGUGUUGCAGAAAACUGGGGCUGAAGAUUGAUAACCCAAAGAUUGUGCCGCCGCUGGAAGUUCAUUGGUCUGAAUUUAGCGCUGUCAUGGAAGCAAUAUUGGUUGCUAUGAAUAUGAACGCAAGGGGCUUGUGGAUCGAGUCGGACUCCGCAGCUGUAGUGGCUGCAACUCAGAAGAUGCAUAUCCCUUGGUUUGUUUUACAAAAAUGGCGGUUUGCUCUCCCAUUCCUUCAGUCCAUUACAUGGAAAAUCACCCACUGCUUCCGUGAGGCGAACACUGUGGCAGAUUUUUUGGCAAAGAAGGCAGCAAAAUCGGGAGCCUCUGACUACUCCACCACUUUUCCCAGUCAUGUAUUAGAUGAUUUAGAAAAUGAUGCCUCGGGUAGGCAUAGUUUUCGCUUCUGCUAG